ACCUUGGAGGCUGCUGCUGGCUGAGAGAUGGACAGCGGCAAGAAGAGCGAUAGGAUCGCCCUGAUCUGCGGAGCCUUCUACCUGCUGUCAGUCUGUGUCAUUCACACCAAUGGCCAGAGCGUCAGUAGCCGCUGGACAACAGAGAAAACAGUGCGACUGAUCUGAUGCCUCAGUUUUUGUGUUGGUGGAAAGCAGCUGGCCACAUAGUUCAGGGGAUGCUGGCUACAUAAUCUGUCUAAGAGCACUUGCUGUCUUCACUACCUGGCUAAUAUAAAAUUCCCAUCGCCCUGUUGUGUUACACACUUCUGAUAUCCAAAAAGUUUUGUCGCAAACAGAUGUUGGUCAGAUGUUCCAGACCGAUUUGAAACCCAUGCUGACCGAAAGAUAUGCUGGAUCCCCAGGAAAUUAUGCUGUUCGCCAACACAUCAAACAACGACUACAAAGUCUUCAGGCUGGAUGGGUCACAGAGGAAGACACAUUUGAAGCGCCAACACCUUAUGGUUAUGUGACAUUCUCCAAUAUUAUCAGUACAUUGAACCCAUCUGCUAAGAGACAUUUAGUGCUAGCUUGUCAUUACGACUCCAAAUACUUCAGUCCUCAAUGGGAUGGCAGAGUAUUUGUGGGAGCUAUAGAUGCAGCUGUUCCAUGUGCAAUGAUGCUGGAGUUAGCAAGAGCUUUGGAUUCUUCUCUGAAGAAGAAACUAAAUUCAAAGCUAGAUCUUUCACUUCAGCUAAUUUUCUUUGAUGGCGAAGAAGCAUUUCAGCGAUGGUCUUCAUAUGAUUCAUUGUAUGGCUCUAAACAUUUGGCUCAAAAGAUGGAAACCAUUUCUCAUCCACCAAAUGCAGAAAACACAAAUCAACUUCAUGGAAUCGAUCUUUUCAUUUUGCUUGAUCUAAUUGGAACUGCAAAUCCAGUCUUUCCAAACUAUUUUCAAAAUACUGCUCGAUGGUUUAACCGACUUCAGUCUAUUGAAAGGAGACUCCAUGGGCUUAAUUUACUAAAGAAUCAUCCUUCUGAGGUCCAGUAUUUUCAAAGUGGUUUUCGUGCGCGACCAGUACUUGAUGACCAUGUGCCAUUUUUACAAAGAGGUGUUCCAAUUCUACACCUUAUUCCUUCCCCAUUUCCAGAAGUAUGGCACACAAUGGAAGACAAUGAAGAAAACCUUGAUUCUGCGACUAUUGAAAACCUUAAUAAAAUUCUACAAGUGUUUGUGCUAGAGUACCUUAAUAUAUGAUUUGUGCACAACAUGGAGUAUUUGAUUUAUUUUGUUUAAAGGAGCACAUCUUGUUAUGAGUUGUAAAAAAAGUGGUACAUUAAAAUGUAUAUAAUUUAAACAUUC